UAACAUUUUAAAUGAUUAUUUUUUGAUAAAUAAUCAAUACAUAAUUACGCUUAUUAAAAAUUUACAAAUAAAGAAAUUUUGUACGGUCGGCUUAUUAUGGUUGAUGUUUAUACGCCGAGAGCCGAAUGUGAAUUAAAAAUUCUACGUUAUAUAAAUAUAUAUGUUUAUCUUUGUUUCAUUAAAACAGUGAAAAAUGAGUUCUGGGUUCAUAUCGGAAGCUGAAAUAGCAGAGCAAAGAAGAAUAAGGCAAGAAGAAUGGGACCGUGUACGAACAGCUGACCAACCUUUAGAACCUCCUGAUGAACCAUAUGAUCCUAGAUCUUUGUACGAACGUUUACAAGAACAAAAAAGCAAACGAGAUGCAGAAUAUGAGGAAGCUCAUAAACUUAAAAAUAUGAUUAAAGGAUUAGAUGACGAUGAAGUAGACUUUUUAGAUUUGGUUGAUAGAACUAAGUUAGAGGAAGAACGUAAGAAAAUUCUUGAAGAAGAAAAAGAAAUGCGUGAUUUCAAAGCUGCUGUUGCUUCUUUGCAAGAAAAGUCAUUAGAUGAAAGAUUAAAACAAGAAUUAAAAAAACCACAAAUCCCUAACAAGAAUGUUUGUAGUAGCAGUGGUCGUAAUUCCCAAUUAAAAUUACUGGCAGGUGUGGUUGUGAAAAAGUCAGAAAAACCAAAGUUAAGUGAGGGCAAAGGUGUCAAAAGAAAAUUGUCUUCUCCAGAAUUAGAUAAACAUUUAGCAAAGGAAGAUGAUACUCAUUUACAAUAUUCGCAGAUAGUAAAUGCGGAAUCAAAUGUGCUCGUGGAAAACAAAAAAUCAUAUUUAUCUGAUGCAAUGAUUAAUCAUACAGGGGGAAUGAAAUGUAUUGGUAUAUUACCAGGACUUGGUUCUUAUGACGACUCGAGCGAUAGUGAUUGUAGCUCAGAUACUGAUCAAGAUCCAGAAUUAAUUCAAUCUAAAUAUGAUCUUUUAGGACGUAAAAUAGUAGCUGCAAAAGAUAAGGAGAAAAGCUGAAUGAGAAGUAUAAGUAAGCAAUUUUUUCCAACAAGAUAAAAUGAGUGAAAUUUUAUUUAACUAGUUGAAUAAGAAAAUAUAAUCAUAACUUAAAUUUUUAAUUUUGGAAUCAUUACAGUUCCAGUUUAUAAUGCGUGGAUAUAUAAAAGUUGAAUUAUUCUCUUAAAAAGGUCGUAUUAUUUUUAUUUCUAUGUUAGCUAUGUAUUGUGUACUAUUAAAAUUACAGUUAUUAAAGAAUUUGUGUAAUUAUGUGGGAGUAUAAAUGUAUUGAACAAAGACGACUAAACAAAUACAUUUCUAUACAAUCGGUAAA